UACGAUGCGGAAGCAAGAGGCCCAAAUGGUGGAAGGCUGACCCACUGCCCUCAGCUACAGACCAUUUCGAGAGCUCCAAAACCCCAAUUUUUAGGGACCCCUCGCCGGGCGAAGGUCUGAAAAAAGAGCCCGACUUGGUUUUCGGUGGACGGCGCCGUGAAGAAUUGGCGGCGGAUUGAGUAUUAGAAAGAGGAGCUCGCACCGCUCAAGGAACAAGUAGUGAUUGAAUUGGCAGUCAGCAGAGGAAGGAAGAAACAGGGUUUGCAUCUAGUCCUGUAAGAUUCGCUUGGGGAGUCAGAAGCCUCGUUUAUCCACUUGCCUCACAGUUACAAUGACUGAUAUCACGUCUAGGUUAUGUGUGAAGAAUUUGCCCAAGUACAUAGACGAAGAUCGCCUUCGUACCCUUUUCUCCAAAAAAGGAGAGAUUACAGAUGUUAAGCUCAUGCGUACCAAGGAUGGUAAGAGCCGGCAAUUUGCUUUCAUUGGGUUUCGCAUGGAACGUGAAGCUCAAGAAGCAAUACGAUUCUUCAACAAAUCUUUUAUUGAUACUCACAGGAUUGCUUGUGAGGUUGCAUGGAAAGUUGGGGAUCCAAAAAUUCCCCGACCUUGGAGUAAGCAUUCUAAAGAAAAAAAGGGCACUGAAGAUGGGACGAAACUAGAAGACAAUAAAAGUUCAAGUCUUUUGGGGUCUAAAGAGGGGAGAGACAAUUUUAAUUUGAGAAUUCAAGACGAUGACCCUAAAAUCCAAGAGUUUCUUCAAGUGACACAACCUCGGAUUAAUUCAAAAUUGUGGGCAAAUGACAGUUUGAUGGCUCUAGCAGCUGAUCAAAACGGAAAAGGAAGGGAGAAACCAAGUCAAAUGAAAAAGGAAGAUGGAAAGAAGUUGGAGCUGGUGAAUGUUGAUGGAGAUAAUGAUGAGGAAAUGCAAACUGCAUUGCACAAUACUCAUGUAUCCGUUAAAAACUCUGCUCAUAAUGAUGAAAUUUCAGAUAUGGAAUAUUUUAAAAGCAGGGUGAAGAACAACUGGUCGGAUUCGGAUACUAGCGACGAUGAAAACAACAAUGAGGAUGUUAAAAAAGAGGAUGAAUCCAUAAAGAAAGAAUUGGAGAUACAGGAUUUCAAAUUGCCACCAGAAACAAAGGUCAAAGGACAGGACCAUUCCAAUCAUUGUUAUACAGGUGAUUUAAACAUGGAGAAAUCCUCAUCAACUCUAGAAGAUAAGAAGGAUGAAGUUCUUGAGAGUGGGCGACUUUUUGUUCGUAAUCUGCCAUAUGCAGCAACUGAAGAAGAGUUAGAAGAGCACUUUAAAAAAUAUGGCACUGUCUCAGAGGUACACAUUGUUGUUGAUAAAGAUACAAGACGGUCUAAAGGCAUUGCUUAUAUCCUUUACAGUCUUCCAGACUCUGCAAAAAGGGCACUUGAAGAAUUGGAUAAUUCGAUUUUCCAAGGGCGAUUAAUGCAUGUCAUGCCUGCUCAGCUAAGAAAAACUUCUGAGAAAACAGAGGCAGAUAUUUUAGGAGACCAACAAAGGUCAAAAUCCUUCAAGCACAAGAGAGAGGAAGAGAGAAAAGCAUCUGAAGCUAGUGGCAAUACAAAAGCAUGGAAUAGUUUAUUCAUGCGCCCUGAUACAGUUGUUGAAAACAUUGCUAGAAAAUAUGGUGUUAGUAAGGGUGAAUUACUGGACCGGGAGGCUGAUGACCUUGCUGUACGGGUUGCUUUGGGUGAGACUCAAGUAGUUGCAGAGACAAAGAAGGCCCUUACAAAUGCUGGAGUAAAUGUUGCAUCUCUAGAGGAAUUUGCUUCUGGUAAAGCUGAUGGACUCAAAAGGAGCAAUCAUGUUCUUCUCGUGAAAAACUUGCCUUAUGGUUCUUCGGAAGGAGAACUUACAAAUAUGUUUGGGAAAUUUGGUAGUUUAGAUAAGCUCAUUCUUCCACCGACAAAGAUAUUGGCUUUGGUCGUUUUUCUUGAGCCAUCUGUAGCCCGUGCUGCCUUCAAAGGUUUAGCAUAUAAGCGUUACAAGGAUACUCCGUUAUAUUUGGAAUGGGCCCCUGACAAUAUUCUUAGUCAAAGUCCAAUGGUUGGCAAUGUGAAGGAUGAGAAAGUUGUUGGUGAAAAUGAUGCUAAGAGGGUGUUAUUAGAGCAGGCAGUGGAAGGAUUAUUGGAUGUUGAACUUGACCCCGAUAGAGUUGAGUCACGAUCUCUUUUUGUCAAGAACCUUAAUUUCAAGACGACUGAUGAAAGUUUGAGAAAGCAUUUUAGUGAACACAUGAAAGAGGGAAGAAUAUUGAGUGCCAAGGUAAAGAAGCAUAUAAAAAAAGGACAGCAGGUCUCAAUGGGUUUUGGAUUUUUAGAAUUUGAUACAGUGGAGACUGCCACAAAUGUCUGCAGCAAUUUGCAGGGAACCGUUCUGGAUGGCCAUGCCCUCAUCUUGCAAAUGUGUCAUGUAAAGAAGGAUGAUCAAGUGCAAAGAAAAGUAGACAAGGAAAAGAGUUCGACAAAAUUACUUGUAAGAAACGUAGCUUUCGAGGCCACGGAGAAGGAUCUAAGACAGUUGUUCAGUCCGUUUGGACAGAUUAAGAGCCUAAGACUGCCAAUGAAGUUUGGAAAGCACAGGGGCUUUGCAUUUGUGGAGUUUAUCACAAAGCAAGAGGCACAAAAUGCAUUUCAAGCACUUUCAAACACCCACUUGUAUGGUCGGCAUCUUGUCUUAGAGAAAGCCAAGGAAGGCGAGAGCCUGGAAGAAUUGAGGGCCCGAACAGCUGCUCAAUUUAGCAAUGAUCAAGACAAGUCUCAUAACUCAAUUUUAUCCAAGAAGAGGAAGAACAUGGCUAACUUUGAUGAAGACAAUAUGAAGUUUCAGAGGAUUUCUGAGUAAUCAUAUUUAAGGUGCGUGAGAUUAGAAGAUUAUAUGAUCAAUUUUGGUGUCUAUUUGCUUAUGAGUUGUACCAUAUCUUGUUUUCCAGUCCCCUUUAGUGUUAUGGGAGCUGCUUCCCACAUUUUUGACUGUUUAUUCAACGCAGGAAUCAGUUUCUUUUGUAUUGUUACUGUAAAAUAUAGUUGGUAUUAUUUUUUUUUUGACAGUCGAAAUGUAUACAUAGUUCUUUUCCAUUUUAUAUAAAUAAUAUAAUAGGUUAAUACAUAGUCUAUUUUUUUUGAUUCA